CCACGACAUCCGCACCCAAAGUCUUUAUUGUCGUCUGCAGCGCAUGUAAUUCGGGGGAGCGAGGACUAAAAGGGAGAGCCGAGAGGAUAGAGGGAGAAGCUUGGGGGAGGGAUGAGUCAAGUAAGAAAAGAGCUGUUAGUAGAGUCAGUUAGUAGAGACAGGCCAGACGGACAAAGAGAGAGAGAGAGAUCGAGCCAGAGAGGAGAAAGAAAAAAAAAACGAUGUUACGCAGAACAAAAUAAAGGCGAUGACCUUAUUUGGAUUCAUGACAUUCGAUUCCUUUUAUAAAGUACGCCAGUACUAGAAUAUAUCCAUGCGCACGCAUUACACAGCAGAGCAACACAACAACCAACGACAACACUCACCUCUUUUUUUUUCUUUUUCUUUUUCCUCUUCUUCUUCUCUUUCUCUCUCUCUCUUCCGUAUAUGAGCUCUCUUUCUGUCCGAGAGAAGAGAGUAACCACGAUGCCACCACCUAACGAUACACCGCAGCAACCCACUUCGCCGUCGAAACUGGUCCACGCUUUACACAAAAGUGAGCAGCAGGCAGCAACAACCGCUGUCCAGCAGCAACACAAACAAAAGUACAAUACGAUUGCUUCGUCCAAGAGCACACCCUUCCAGCCCCAUAGACGAAUUCGUACAACCAGUUUCGGCAUAGGUCCUACGCCUACUCGAGCUCCCAGCAUGACGCUUCAUCAUCGUCGUCGCACCGCGUCGGGCGCAGGUCACUUGGACAGCAAUGCCAAUAACAACAGCAGCAAUAAUAAACCUGAUGUCCAAUUGCUGCCUCGUUUGGAAGAAGAAAAUGCCAAUUUGCCUCCUCAGGACUCGAUUGAUUUUAUCCUAGCUCAAAUCGAGCGACAAAAUGCACUUCUCGAUGAAGAUCCCAAAUCGGUAUGCAUUCAGUCUAAUGAGUUAAAAGCUCAUCUGUCGACGAUGCAGACCCUUGUAGCCGAGCAGCAGCAGCAAACGGUCGAUAGUGGCAACAACGACAAACAAGAAGACGACAUUGAUUGGGAGUUUUGGACUGCCCUCACCGAAGAUUUUGGUGCGGUCGCGCUCAAAUUACCCCACCUAUUGUCCGCCAAAUUGAAAGCGGGUAUUCCAGAGAAGGUGCGAGGCGUGAUCUGGCAAGCCAUGACACAAAGUGCCUCAUUGAACCUGGAGACGCUGUACGGCCAGUUGGUGGUCGAGCAUUCGCCGUACGAGCGUAUCAUUGCUCGUGAUCUGGCUCGCACUUUUCCCAAUGUCGAUAUGUUCAAGCAAGAGGGUGGUGACGGCCAACAAGCCCUUGAACGAGUCUUGAAAGCAUAUUCGCUCUAUGACGCUCAUGUCGGUUACUGCCAGGGCCUGGCAUUUCUGGUCGGUCCUCUGCUCAUGAAUAUGCCAGAACAGCAAGCGUUUUGUGUCUUUGUCAGACUUAUGGAGACAUACGAAAUGCGAACCAUGUUCACCCUCAACAUGGAAGGCCUGCAGUUGCGCCUAUACCAGUUUACCAGCCUGUUGUCGCAAAUCCUGCCGGAACUUUCAGAUCACCUUGCCGAACAUGCCGUGCAUCCGCCCAUGUACGCCUCACAAUGGUUCUUAACCCUGUUCGCCUAUGCCUUCCCUAUUCCUUUAGUGAUGCGUAUCUACGAUAUCAUCUUUGCUGAAGGCGCAGCCGAAACCAUUAUGCGCGUUGCCAUUGCCAUGCUGAAGCACGCACAAGAGGAACUAUUGGAGAUGACCGAGUUCGAAGACAUGCUGGACCACGUUACAUCUAAGCUGCAUCUGGCGUACGAGGACGAUGCAGGCCUUAUGAUCAAUGAUGCCAUGGAGUUGAGCGGUCUGAUUACUCGUGAAAAAAUGGAUCAUUUGGCCGACUCGUAUGUUCGUGAAUUGGAACAAGAAAAGAAGCAGACGGAACAAGUCUUGGCCGUCCGAUUCAACUUUUGGUCUAAGCAAGAUAAUAACAACAACAAGAAAAAGAAGCGCGAGUCGAGUGGAUGGUUGAGCAAGCGAUCAUCAACGUCUAGCAGCGAUGAAGCAUCUGAAAAGCAGCCCAGUACACCAACAUCUAUGACAGCACCAUCGAUGGCAUCUACAUCAUCUUCACAACAACAACCGCCCCAGCAGGAUGUCGCUACCCUUCAUCAGCAGAUCGAGGACUUGUUGCUUGCCUUGUCUCAAAGUCAAAAAGACCACAUUCAAUUAAAGCAAGAGUUAGGCCAGGUUCGCAUGGACAAGAUGGAUGUUGAAGCCGAGCGCGACGCAUUGAAAAUGACCAUGCUGGACAUGCGGCCCGAUGAACCAGCGGCCCAACAGCAACGACAAAACAUUCGCAACAUGAAGAGCGAGCUCCAACAAGCACAGGCUUCAAACUUUGAGCUACAACAACAAAACGAAGAAUUGCGACACCAGAAUGAAAUGGCCAAGCAAGCCCAAGAAGGCUUGAUUGAAAAGCUCGUCAAUAUGAAGAACAAGAUGGAACAACUUGAAGUUGAUCAUAUCAAGGUGACCAAGGAACGCGACGCAUUGCAGAGCAAUCAGCGGCCGUUGGAGCAGAAAUUAAAAGACGCUGAAAAGACGGCGCAUGAACUCCAGUUUGAAAAGCUGCGAUUGCUUGACGAUCUCGAGACGGUCAAGGAACAACGGGAUCAAGUAAUUACACCACCAGCUACACCUAGACCUAGUAUGAAUAACAACAAUAACAGAAAAGCACCUCGAGUACGACCUCAAUCCGUAUUCGUUACCAAGGACAACAGCGUGGCAGCGGAAUCGAGAUGUCUGGAAUUGGAGCAAUUGUUGGCUGAUGCCAAGUUGCAGAUUGCCGAACUGGAAACCUUUGGCCCCACAUCAUCAAUUUCCUCCGGCAGCAGCAAGAAGAAUAAGCGAAGGAGCUUUGAUCCGAUUGCAUUGAGUCGUGCUGCUUCGGCUUCUUCUGCCAACAAUUACAGUAGCAACAUCUUGCCUAAACGUUCGAGCUUCUACGGUCGUUUAUGGAGCUCGGUAACGACAACGUCGUCCCCAGCAGCACAACAGCAACAAGACACACCACCUACCAGCCCCAUCUAACCGUCAACCGCUUACAAACAAUAACAAAAAAAUGACGUCAUACAUGCGUUACGUUUAACUUUCUUAUCAACAUUGUCUCGCCAACCCUUUUCUAACUCUCAUCAACAACAGCAAUUAGAUAAACAACACAACAAACAAACAAACAAACAAACAAAAUAAUCAUCAUCACAGUCAUCAUCAUUAUCGCCAUACAAACACGCAAACAACAACACACAUUCUUACUGCCAACAUUGUUUAUUCGUACUACUUGCUUUUCUUCUUAAAACAUACCAC